GCGGCUGCUAGGCUGCUGGGCGCUUUGACUCUCCCUCCACCCAGCCCCCUUGGGCUCCUCUCCUCUGCCCUCUGGACUCCGGUCUCCUCCUGCUGCCCCGGCUCGCCAGAGCCCUCUGCUUAUGGCAGCAGCUUACGGCGUCUCCGGUGCGGCUUUUCGGUGCACGACCCUCUCGCUCCCGGGGCUGAGCGGGGUCACUGGAUGUUGCUGAAACUCUGGAGAUCAUGCGCGGGUUUGGCUGCUGCUUCCCCGUCAGGUGCCACUGCCACCGCCGCCGCCUCUGCUGCCGCUGUCCGCGGGAUGCUCAGUAGCCCGCUGCCUGACCCCCGCGAUCUUGUGUUCUUCCGAAGCCGUUUGCUGCUGCAGAGUUGCGCGAACUAGUCAUGGUGCUGUGGGAGUCCCCGCGGCAGUGCAGCAGCUGGACACUUUGCGAGGGCUUUUGCUGGCUGCUGCUGCUGCCUGUAAUGCUACUUAUCGUAGCCCGCCCGGUGAAGCUCGCAGCUUUCCCUACCUCCUUAAGUGACUGCCAAACGCCCACCGGCUGGAACUGCUCUGGUUAUGAUGACAGAGAAAAUGAUCUCUUCCUCUGUGACACCAACACCUGUAAAUUUGAUGGGGAAUGCUUAAGAAUUGGAGACACUGUGACUUGCGUCUGUCAGUUCAAGUGCAACAGUGACUAUGUGCCUGUGUGUGGCUCCAAUGGGGAGAGCUACCAGAAUGAGUGUUACCUGCGGCAGGCUGCGUGCAAACAGCAGAGUGAGAUACUGGUGGUGUCUGAAGGAUCAUGUGCCACAGAUGCAGGAUCAGGAUCUGGAGAUGGAGUCCAUGAAGGCUCAGGAGAAACCAGUCAAAAGGAGACAUCCACCUGUGAUAUUUGCCAGUUUGGUGCAGAAUGUGAUGAAGAUGCCGAGGAUGUCUGGUGUGUGUGCAACAUUGACUGUUCUCAAACCAACUUCAAUCCCCUCUGUGCUUCUGAUGGGAAAUCUUAUGAUAAUGCAUGUCAAAUCAAAGAAGCAUCAUGUCAGAAACAGGAGAAAAUUGAAGUCAUGUCGUUGGGUCGAUGUCAAGAUAACACAACUACAGCUACUAAAUCUGAAGAUGGGCAUUAUGCAAGAACAGAUUAUACAGAGAAUGCUAACAAAUUAGAAGAAAGUGCCAGAGAACACCACAUACCUUGCCCAGAACAUUACAAUGGCUUCUGCAUGCACGGGAAGUGCGAACAUUCUAUCAAUAUGCAGGAGCCAUCUUGCAGGUGUGAUGCUGGUUAUACUGGACAACACUGUGAAAAAAAGGACUACAGUGUACUAUACGUUGUUCCCGGCCCCGUCCGAUUUCAGUACGUCUUAAUCGCAGCUGUGAUUGGAACAAUUCAGAUUGCCGUCAUCUGUGUGGUGGUCCUCUGCAUCACAAGGAAAUGCCCCAGAAGCAACAGAAUUCACAGACAGAAGCAAAAUACAGGGCACUACAGUUCAGACAACACAACAAGAGCGUCCACGAGGUUAAUCUAAAGGGAGCAUGUUGCACAGUGGCCGGACUACCAAGAGCUUGGACUACACAAUACAGUAUUAUAGACAAAAGAAUAAGAUGAGAUCUACACAUGUUGCCUUGCAUUUGUGGUAAUCUACACCAAUGAAAACAUGUACUACAGCUAUAUUUGAUUA